AUGUCCAACAAAAUCACCGAUGCUCGCCUGGAAUGGCUAGAGGCGACAAAGCGGCGGAAAAGCUUGCUCCUCCAGCAGCUUGAAGAGGAGGAGAAGAAGAUGGGGGGCGACAACAAGGACAUUGUGUCCUCUUCGGCGGGUGGUGAUGAUGCCGCGGCGGCAGCACAACAAGACCCCGACAAGGCGCAGGACGCGCUCAACGAGCAUCAAUUGAACAUUGACCGAUUCAAGGAGGAGCUUGCGGCGAUUGAAAAGGAGUUUGAGUCUUGGCAGGAAAUGGGAUUCAGCUUGCCCGCUUCCAAGUGA